AUGAAUAUUCUUGUUUGGAAUGUAAGAGGUGCUGCUAAAAGAGAAUUAGGUGGUGCUUUAAAAUCUAUGGUUAGUAAGAAUCAUGUGGAGAUUUUAAUCCUCCUUGAACCUCGUACGCAUAGUGGGGUGUGUAAAAAACUGGAGCGGAAGCUUGGUUUUGACAGUUAUCUUAUGGAGGAAGCCGUCGGGUUCUCGGGAGGUAUCUGGAUCUUAUGGAAUAGAAGGAAGGUAGAUGUAGUGCUUCUUGCCCAAGCUUUUCCGUUCAUUCAUUGUAAGGUCAGUUUUCCAAAUGUACACUCCUUUAUUUUUACUGCGAUUUAUGCUAAUCCCCUUCAAAGUACCCACGAACUGCUAUGGAAUGAUCUCAAGAGUAUUAGUGAAUCUAUCUCUGAUCCUUGGAUCCUUGGGGGUGACUUCAAUGAGAUAGCAUUUAUUCAUGAGAAAAAAGGAGGUGUUGCACCUGACCCUAAUAAAUGUGCAAAAUUUGCUUCUAUUCUCAAUGAUUGUCAAGUGGCAGAUUUAGGUUGUGAUGGAUCUUUCUAUACAUGGCAAGGUCCAAAAUGGGGAAGCAUGGGAAGAAUUUUCAAGCGGCUGGACAGAGUGGUGGCUAAUAUGUCCUGGAGAACGAAGUUUGAUGAAGCUAGAGUAGUUUCUCUUCCUCGUCUACUAUCAGAUCACAACCCUUUACUGAUCAAAUUAUUUAUGGAAGUUAAUGAUAAAGGCAAGAGACCGUUUCGUUUUUUCGCUGCUUGGCAAGAACAUCACAAUUUCAGUGACUUUCUUAAAUCAAAGUGGGAGCAGGAUUUUGAUCCUCCUUAUAUGCUUCAAAGGCUGGUAUCCGAAAUCAGAAUUUGGAAUAGAAGGGUCUUUGGUAUUAUUAAAACUAGGAAGAACAGCAUUAUUAGGAAAAUUGCUAGCAUACAAAAAAGACGUGAACAAUUUGACACAGAUCAUCUGAAAUAUGAGGAGGAGAAAUUCCAAAAAAUGCUGACUAAUGUACUAAGAGAAUAA